UAUCUCCAGAAACUGCGGCAGAGUGAGGCCUCACUUCAUUUACCGCCUCUCCGAUGGGCUUUCGCCACGUCAUCAGACGCUGCGUCACCACCAACAACAUCCAACAUGGCGGCGUCCGUCCGGGAGAAGCAGGCCGUCGCUCUGAAGCGAAUGCUGAACUUAAACGCUGCUCUUCUGAAGAACACAGCAGCUGAGCCAGUCUGGAAGGUGUUGAUCUACGAUCGGUUCGGCCAGGACAUCAUCUCUCCUCUGCUGUCCGUCAAGGAGCUGAGAGACAUGGGCAUCACCCUUCACCUGCUGCUUCACUCGGACAGAGACCCGAUCCCAGAUGUUCCUGCUGUCUACUUCAUCAUGCCCACGGAGGAGAACAUCGACCGCAUAUGCCAGGACUUGAGGAACCAGCUGUACGAGUCUUACUUCCUCAACUUCAUCUCGGCCAUCAGCAGAAGCAAACUGGAGGACGUGGCGAGCGCCGCGCUGUCGGCCAACGCCGUGGCCCAGGUCACCAAGGUGUAUGAUCAGUACCUGAACUUCAUCACUCUGGAAGACGACAUGUUCACCCUCUGCCAUCAGAACAAGGAGCUCAUCUCUUACCACGCCAUCAACCGAGCCGACAUCCAGGACACGGACAUGGAGGCCAUCAUGGACACCAUCGUGGACAGUCUCUUCUGCUUCUUCGUCACUUUGGGCGCUGUGCCCAUCAUCCGCUGUCCCCGUGGCAACGCAGCAGAGAUGGUGGCCGUGAAGUUGGACAAGAAGCUUCGUGAGAACCUUCGAGACGCCAGAAACAGUCUGUUCACCGGAGAAAACAUGGCCGCCGGGCAGUUCAGUUUCCAGAGGCCUUUGUUCGUCCUGGCAGAUCGUAACGUGGACAUGGCCACGCCCCUCCACCACACCUGGACCUAUCAGGCGCUGAUCCACGAUGUCCUGGACUACAAGCUCAACAGGGUGGUGAUGGAGGAGGGGGCGGGGCCUGAGCCGUCUCCCGCCGGCGCCAGACCAAAGAAGAAGAACAGAAAGACCUACGACCUGACUCCUGCAGACAAGUUCUGGCAGAAGCACAAGGGCAGUCCCUUUCCAGAGGUGGCGGAGUCGGUCCAGGAGGAGCUGGACACCUAUAGAGCCCAGGAGGACGAGGUCAAGCGCCUGAAGUGCAUCAUGGGUUUAGAGGGAGAAGAUGAAGGAGCCAUCAGCAUGCUGUCAGACAACACAGCCAAGCUCACCUCUGCUGUCAGCUCUCUGCCAGAGCUGCUGGAGAAGAAACGUCUGAUCGACCUGCACACCAACGUGGCCACGGCCGUGCUCGACCACAUCAAGAGUCGUAAACUGGACGUUUACUUUGAGUAUGAAGAGAAACUGAUGACCAAGUCGACUUUAGACAAAUCUCUUCUGGACAUCAUCAGUGACCCCGACGCCGGAACCCCCGAAGACAAAAUGAGACUCUUCCUCAUCUAUUACAUCACUGCUCAGCAGGCUCCUUCAGAGUCGGACUUGGAGCAGUACAAGACGGCCCUGUUGGACGCCGGCUGCGACCUUUCACCACUCAACUACAUCAAGCAGUGGAAGGCCUUUACCAAGCUGGCCGCCACCCCGGCGAACUACGGCAACAGUGGAGUGAAACCCAUGGGGCUGUUUUCCAGAGUGAUGAACAGUGGCUCCCAGCUGGUGAUGGAGGGAGUGAAGAACCUGGUGCUCAAACAGCACAACCUACCAGUCACUCGGAUCCUGGACAGCCUGAUGGAGAUGAAGUCCAACCCGGAAACUGACGACUAUCGAUACUUCGACCCAAAGAUGCUGCGAGGAAGCGAGAGCUCCAUCCCCAGGAACAAGAACCCAUUCCAGGAGGCCAUCGUGUUCGUGGUGGGAGGAGGAAACUACAUCGAGUACCAGAACCUGGUGGACUACGCCAAGGUCAAACACGGGAAGAAGGUCGUUUACGGCUGCAGUGAACUCUCCAACGCUGCCCAGUUCACCAAACAGCUCUCCCAGCUCGGCCAAAAGUGACGUGGACCUGGAGGACACACCUGGUCUCUUCAUUCCUGUCUGUCUCUGGAGGACACACCUGGUUUCUUCAUUCCGGUUGGCUUGUAUGAAACUCUCCUUCUGUAAAUUAACUAAACAUUUCUUGUCUCAUUGUACUUCCUGUCUCUAAUAAAAUUCUUAAAACCA